AUGAUCCCACCACCUAGUAUCAAGCUGAUUUACGACAAUCAAUGCGGCCUGUACCCUAUACUGGCCAUCCCAGCGUCUAUGGUUGACUCUCACUUCCCAUAUCCUCUGUGUGCUUCCAAUUGCAGACGCAAACAACAAUGGGUACCCGACUUGACCCCAUCACUGCCGCGUGUUCCGUUUAUCCAAGGACACCGCUACACCGUCCGAGCAACAGAGGGUCCGAUCAACCAAACGACCAACCACCAGCUGGAGAGUAUGGGCGAGCCCGAACGAGGCAAUUUAAAGUCAGUGCUCGACUCAAACACAAGUACACUCACAAUGACCUACUCAACCACCCCCAUCGACGUUCUCCGUGACGCUGAACGCGUCUUCGAAGUGAUCAAAAACCAAGGCAUCGCCCUCAUCCCCGGCAGCAUCGGCUACGGCCUAGUCGCCAGCGACCCAGCAGCCCUGGACCGGCUCUUCACGACGAAGCGCCGGAAACCACACAAGAAGCACGCCAUGAUCGGAAGCUACGCGCUCCACCAAGAAAUCCACGUCCUCCCGGCCCGCGAAGAGUCCAUGGUUCGGACUCUAACCGUGGAUCUAGACGUGCCCGUCGGCGUUGCGGCCCCGUUUCGGGCCGACCACCCAAUCAUCCAGAAACUCGGCCCUGAGUUGCUCUCGCGCUGCACGCACGACGGCACCCUCUCCAUGCUAGUAAAUGGGGGACCCUUACAGGAUGAACUCAUUCGAUUGUGCCACGCUGCGGGGCUACCCCUGCUCGGUUCAUCGGCUAAUAUCUCGGGGUCGGGGAUGAAGGUCCGCCUUGAGGAUAUUGAGCCUGAGAUCGUGGAGGCCGCGGAUAUCGUUAUCGAUUAUGGCAAGCGCACGUUUAGUGUGCCGCGCGCGUCAUCGACGAUCAUCAACUUUCGGGAUAUGAAGCUCGUGCGGUAUGGCGCUUGCUAUGAUGUAAUUCAAGACGUAUUGAGGAAGUUCUAUGGGGUGGAGCUGCCGGAGGAUCCGGGCAAGGACGAGUUGUUUUCGGGACAUAUUGAUGUUCAGCAGGCGACUGUGUAUUGA